AAGUACGAUCAGGCUAUGGAUAUGUUUGACAAGUCACUGCAAAUUCGAUUGUCAGUCCUUGGUCACAAUCAUCCUGAUGUUGCGCGGUCAUAUAACAGCAUAGGAGUUGUCUAUGAUCACCAAGGCAAGUCAGAUCAGGCUAUGGAGAUGCAUAACAAGUCACUGCAAAUUCGAUUGUCAGUCCUUGGUCACAAUCAUCCCCAUGUUGCGUGGUCAUAUCACAACAUAGGAGUUGUCUAUGAUCACCAAGGCAAGUCAGAUCAGGCUGUGGAUAUGUUUGACAAGUCACUGCAAAUUCGAUUGUCAGUCCUUGGUCACAAUCAUCCCCAUGUUGCCAGUUCAUAUAACAACAUAGGAGUUGUCUAUCAUCACCAAGGCAAGUACGAUCAGGCUGUGGAUAUGUAUAACAAGUCACUGCAAAUUGGAUUGUCAGUCCUUGGUCACAAUCAUCCCCAUGUUGCCAACUUAUAUCACAACAUAGGACUUGUCUAUCAUCACCAAGGCAAGUACGAUCAGGCU